GUGGCCGCCCCUCUCCUCCCGGCCACCAGAGGGCGCGCGCCCUCUACCGCCCCGCCCGCUGCGUCUGCGCCUGCGCCCGCGCCGUGCCGGCCGCCCGGCCCACUGCUCCUCUCCCCCGUCGUCGGCCCCGCCUCGCGCCCCAACGUUCCGCCUCCGUUGCCCCUAGCGGCUGUUUGUUGACUUCCGGGGACGCGGUAGUAGCCGAUGUCCGGGGUGUCGCUAUGGAGGCCCGGGGGGCUUCCGCGGCCCGCGUCGGGACUGAGGCCCUGCCAUAGGCCCCACCGAGUCGCCCCCGCCACCUUUCCGGGUCAGGCGCAGGCUCCCCGCAUCCCCCUUGGCAUGGGGGAACCCGAGGAGGUGGUGCCCGGUUCGGGUGCUGUGUUUACAUUUGGAAAAACUAAAUUUGCUGAAAAUAUUCCCAGCAAAUUUUGGUUUAAAAAUGACAUACCUACAUUUCUUUCAUGUGGAGAUGAACAUACUGCUAUUGUUACAGGAAAUAAUAAACUUUACAUGUUUGGCAGUAACAACUGGGGCCAGUUAGGAUUAGGAUCAAAGUCAACUAUUAACAAGCCAACGUGUGUCAAAGCUUUAAAACCUGAAAAAGUGAAAUUUGCUGCCUGUGGACGGAACCACACCCUAGUUUCAACAGAAGGAGGCAAAGUAUAUGCAGCUGGAGGAAAUAAUGAAGGACAGCUGGGACUUGGUGACACUGACGAGAGAAACUCUUUUCAUCUAAUUAGUUUUUUUACUUCCCAGCAUAAGAUUAAACAGCUCUCUGCUGGAUCCAACACUUCAGCUGCACUAACUGAGGAUGGAGAGCUUUUUAUGUGGGGUGACAAUUCCGAAGGGCAAAUUGGUUUAAAAAAUAUAACUAAUGUGUGUGUCCCUCAACAAGUGACUGUUGGGAAACCUAUCUCCUGGAUCUCCUGUGGAUAUUAUCACUCAGCUUUUGUAACAACGGAGGGAGAACUGUACACAUUUGGAGAACCAGAGUCUGGGAAGUUAGGUCUUCCCAAUCAGCUGCUGGUCAAUCACAGAAUGCCCCAGCCGGUGCCUGGAAUUCCUGAGAAGGUGGUCCAAGUAGCUUGUGGUGGAGGGCACACCGUGGUUCUCACAGAGAGAGCGGUGUAUACCUUUGGGCUCGGACAGUUUGGUCAGCUGGGUCUUGGUACCUUUCUUUUUGAAACUUCAGUACCCAAAGUCAUUGAGCAUAUUACGGAUCAGAAAAUAAGUUCUAUUUCCUGUGGAGAAAAUCACACAGCUCUGAUAACAGAUUUAGGUCUCAUGUAUACUUUUGGGGAUGGUCGACAUGGAAAAUUAGGACUUGGACUGGAGAAUUUUACCAAUCAGUUCAUUCCCACUUUGUGCUCCAAUUUUUUGAGAUUUAUAGUUCAAUUGGUGGCUUGUGGUGGAUGCCACACACUUGUUUUUGCCACUCCGCGACCCAGCGGGACAGAAGAAUUGGAGUUAGAAGAAAGCAACGAUUCUUACUUUCCUGCAGCGCCUUCUCUGCUCCUCAGCGAUCUGAGCCCAGGCAGUGUACUGCACAGAACUCUACCAGCACGUGUGCGGCGAAGAGAGAGGGAGAGAUCGCCUGAUGCUUUUCAAAUGACACAAACACUACCUCCAAUUGAAGGAACUUCUGUGCCACCUGUUAGCUUUCCCCCGACCCCAGAUCCUUUCUAUAUGUCUGCAGGUAAUUGGCCAGGGAAAAUGAUACUUGAAAAGGAGGACCCCGUGCAACUAGUGGAACCAGAUUAUUUUCGUGAUAAAAUGGCCAAAGGGAAAGAAGCAGACAAUUCUUCAGCCGGAGAUUCAGAAAGCCUUGGAGAAACUACUGAUGUCUUAAAUAUGACACAUAUGAUGAGCCUGAAUUCCAAUGAGAAGUCAUUAAAAUUAUCACCAAUUCAGAAACAAAAGAAACAAGAAACAAUUGAGCAACUGAAGCAGCAUACAGCUCACUCUGAAAACGAUGAUAGUAAAGGAUUUGCAAGUGAAGAGAUGUCCAAAACAGUGAAUGAAGGGAGAGUCUAUAAACAACUUUUGGCAAAAGGAAUGUACGUGAUGCAAGCAGCUAUGACUACGGAAGCAUUUUCAGAUGAGGACAUAGGUAGUGACCCAGGCCAGCCUGGGCCUCGAGCUGACACCCGUGCAGAGGGUGUGCAAAGAGGGCUGUUCAGAUGUGAGAGUAAGCAUGGUCUUUAUCCACCUGACAGUAAGGCCAUAGCAAAGGCAAGCGAUGCAGGCCAGUGGCAGAAGGAUCCAGAUGCAGAAGAAAUAGUCUCUGAGAAGGAAACUGAGCUGGCCGAAAUGGCAGGUCUGAAGGCUAGGAGACAAAUCGAAGAGAAUUUAAGAGAUAUUAAUAUGUUCUUUGACAACUUACCAAAUAGAGACAUAAAUAUUGAUGAUGAAGACAGUAAAGAUUUUGUUGAGGAUGCUAAGAGGAACAAGCGAGAUAUGAUUUUUGACAGCGAGAGAGACUCUCUAGACGAGCCAGACAGUUUCUUGGAAGGCGAAAGUGCAAGUCAGCAAGGCACCACUGACGGCUUCGAGCAGCCGGAGUCAGUAGAAUUUAGUAGUGGAGAGAAAGAGGAUGACGAAGUGGAAGUGGACCCAAACUUGUGGUAUAGUCGCAAAUUUAUCGAACAAGGGCAGGAGGAGGAGACUGAACACAAACUGUCCAAAUUCCUGGCAAAAUACGAUUUUAAAUGUGACCACUUGUCAGAGAUCCCUGAAGAGCAGGAAGGAGCAGAGGAUUCAGAAGGAAGUGAAGUAGAGGAGCCAGAGGUAGAGGCGAGUGGGAAACAUGUGCAAGUGCCCGCACGAAAGCAGGAGGAGAUAGAGAUCCUGUCCGAUGACCUGACAGACAGAGCGGAGGAUCACGAAUUUUCAGAAGAUGAAUUCGAGGACGUGGAUGAGGAAAUUAAUGACUAUCCGGAAGGCAAGAAGAACAUACCAACGGAUGAAGCCAAGGACAACUCAGUUGAAAAGGACAAGAAAACCAACCAUGAAGAACGGGCUAUUUGUGAAUACAAUGAAAAUCCAAAAGGAAACAUGCAUGAUCGUGCAAAGAGCAGAUCUUCUGAAGUCCUGGAAGACAGUGAAUCAACAUCAAGUAAAGAUGUCAAAAAAUCAAAGAAGGUGCAUAGCCUCUGGGACAGAAAUUGAUUGUUUCCUCAUUACUACCUGCGAGUCUUCCAGCCUCAGAAGUGUGCUGGCCCCCUGCUUCUCUGCUCCGAAGGGAAAGCAAUGCCACAAACCACAUUCCGACCCAGGGAGAGGGCUUUGAGGUCAUGGGGCUCAAUGCCAUAUAGGAAAGAGGUGAUGCCACGAGACCUAACUGAUGUUUCCUCACUUGCUUGCAUUUUCUGUCAGCUUCUAGUCCUGGGUUGUGUUCCUUUGGGUAUAUUUCCACAGGUCCUAUCUAGCAAGAGGGCGAGAACAAAGGCCUUCCCCUCUGAGACUCAGAUGACCCCUGUCAGGACCUGUGAGCUGAUGUUUGCUAUGGCUUUCUUCCCUUUCCCCUGUUCCGCUUGUAUAUCCUCAUUUUCCUGUUCUUGCUUUUUUAUCUCCAGUGUUCUCGAGGCAUGUAUCUUCAGCUUCCACCUCCAGGCAAGCACAUUCUCAUGUCUCCUACUGAAUCUCUGGUGGUCUUAGCAGUAGCCAUCUCCACGUGGGCCUUCCCCCCGGGCUUAGCAUGCUCAAAACCCACCGUAUUUACCCUCUGCACUGGCUCCGUACCUGUGGCAGGGUGAGUCCAGGCAGAGAAGCAGAGUCAGUAGGGGAGCUGUGUUGCAUACGACCGGUAUGGAUGGGGUACAGGAAAUGCUCUUCCGCAAUCGCAGGCGCUUGCUAAGCAGUGUCUGUAUGGCUGUUGUCUCUGAGUCUGAUGCUGGAGCUUGAGGUUCACAGAGGAGGUGGUAGAGAAGGCAAGCUGUGAAGUAGAGUGGGGAGACCAAGGUAGACUGGACCCCACAAGCUUGAGCUGGAACCCCAUAGGGAAGGGCCAUGACCUAUGUCAGCUCCUGUUGCCUCUGACCUUGGUGAUGAGGGUAUCCAGCAGAAGCGGUGCUCUCUGUCAAGAGCUAAGCACAUAACACGUGGCCUAGAACUCGGCUCCGUCUGAGGGAGGAUGGGGGAGGGGCAGGGCGCUCGCAGGCCCAGCUGCUUCACGCCAGUGAGGUAAGUCAGCAAAGCGGCAAGGUGGGAACCAUGAAAUGGCCACUGCUCCCCUUCCGGCCUCCAGAUUCCCCAAGAAUGUCCCCUGUGACAGACCCUAACUGGAAACAAACAAGAGAGUGAAUUCUGGGAACUGUAGCUCAGCCUGGCCAAGUUGACUCAUGACAAAGCCAAUAAAAUCCACCCCCAGUCAACUUAGCGUCCGUACACAAUCUCCUCAAGGUAACUUAAUCUCUGCAGAAGGACCAUAUCGAAGUCCUACUUCUGCGUAGCAUUAUACAACUAAAAAAAAAAAAAUGGUAACUUUUUCCCCCGGAAGAGAAUGCAUUUUUUGUCCAUUUUUGUCCUUGGGUGAUGUGGAUCCUUCUCCAAACUGGUUCACAUUCUUCCACUGAUACCGUAUAACUUAAAUCCUGAGCUCCUGAGUUCAAGUUUAGUACUAAUACAGCUUACGUGAGAUGAGAAGGGGAUGGAAAAGAAAAAACAAAAAUAUCCAGUUAACGUAUGUAGAGACAUCAAUAUUCAAGAAAGGGAGAAAUAUUCAUCACUCUUAUGGUCCUUGUCUCUGCCAUGGUCACAGGGUCCUCGCUGACCUUCACAGCUGUCUUCUUCCUACCUGCUAGCCUUGCGUAUUCUUUUUGCUGUCAGCAGUUACCUCAGUGGCUGGUCGUGGCUCUUUGCUUGGUGGAUGGAGUGACACAAGCUUUCAUUCGAGAAGGUUCUGGGAUACUAGCAGCCCGGCCUGCACUGGGUUGUUGUAGUUCUCUGUGGGCUUUAAUCAUAGGACACGGGCAUAGCCAAAGCACCUGGAGGAUUCCCUGCUUUCUAGAUGUUCUCCUCAUGCCCACUGUGUAGUCGUAGCAACCCGGCUUCUCCCUGGCGGUCAGGAUCGAUCACCGAGCCAGGUAGUCGGCUCCUUCUCUGCUCUUCAUUCAGUGGCACAAGGCACCCAGAGUGCCCAGGCAGCGGUCUCUACUUCUUCUUGAGUGGGGUCAUGGUUGGACCCCCUGGUGGGAGCAUUCCUCUCUCUGGAACUGAGACCUCGAGACCCGCAGAGCCUACGCACCAUCACAAGGAUGAGAAGUAACGUGUUGCUAAUGGAUCACCAGAGGUAGCGCGGAGUAGUGGCCUUCCUGUUUUCACCCCUGGACUCACGGAUGGUGAGUAUUGGUAAUGGGAGUCACAGCAUGGUAGACUGGAGGCCGACUCGAAGCAUGUACACAUCCAGAAGGACUUCAGCCAACCCUGCAGCGCACUUAGCUGGUGUCUUCGAAAGGGUGCUGUCCCUCUAGCAAGCUGCUACAGGCUCAUGGGGACAUGGUAAGACCAGUGAAGUCCAUGCACACACGCCCAUGGCCUCACUCCCUUCGCCAUGAAGGCAGUACCCCGACGGGAGGCUAUACCUGCGAAAUACCAGGAUGGCACAGAAGGGAUUCUGUGGGGCUGUGGGCUGGUGAUCUGGGCAGAAACCUGUGGCCAGGGGAGGAAAAUCCAUAUCCCUUGUGACUGUCUAUCCACACAAUCAGGUAAACUAGUCAAAGUCCCGCCUUCUAGGGCUCCCCUCCACGCGGCCUCUCAAAGCUGUCAGAGAGUAGGGCUGCGGUGCGUGACGCGCUGCUCUGCCAUCUCAGGUGGCCCUGAGGCACCACUCUCUGAGGCUUUUCUUCCUCAGUCACCCAGUCCUAGGGAAUGUUCCAUCAGGCCCAAGAUGGAGACCGGAAGAGAGAAGGUCAUGUAGUGCAAGUAGGAGCCAUGGAACUUUGGGCCUCUACCUGAUGCAUCUCAUGUGCCUUCUGUUUGGUGAGGGAGUGCUGCUCUGCACACCCAACUGCAUGGCUUGGCCAGCUGGACAACACUCCAUUCGUGACAGGCAGCUCAGAUUCCAUGGGAACUUGGUGACCUGUGGUCAAGCCUUCAGUCUCCAGUAAUGCCAGUAGCAGACCAAAGUUUCUGGAAAGCAGAGUGAGAAUCCCGAAGAGGCUAUAGAGACUUAUUACAGAAUUUUAAGGGUCAGGUUUUGCUUCACCCAGAGGAGGUUGCCAGAGACUUCAAGAUGCUUCCUCAUCUGCCGCUGCCACCUUGAGUAUUGCUAUAUGUCCCGGGGCCUAUGGCCCCAGUGGCAGGGUGUCCUGCAUAGUGGGGUCUUUCGGCUUUCGGAGCCCGACUCAGAGCUAGCAUUUCCUAGGUCCAGUUCAUAUGGUGCCUAACCAAAGAUGGAUUCUUUCCAUCCGGCUUUGUUUGAACAUUUUUUUUGCGCAAGCUUGGUUGGCCUGCCUGGACCUGUGCUUGCCCCUCUAAUCACGGAGGCUGGGGAUAAAGUUCUACUCCUGACCCGGUCUGAUUCCUGUACCCACACCUAUGACCCAGAUUUGGAGUGGCCGUGGCUGGCAGAACCCCCACCCCCAACUCCAGACCACGGAAGCAGUUCCCCAAAUGAGGUUCUUCUGGGAAUUCCCUUCCCGGAAGUGAAGUCCCUCCCCUCGGGGAGGGGCCCAUUUGUGUGGAGAAGUCUCUGGGCCUAUUUCAGAAGGAUUGCUCUCCUGGUCCGCGUGCCAGAGCAGGCGGGGUCUGUCUUGGAUCUUCAUCAUGAAAACCUGGUAGGCUUCGUGGAGGUAAAGGCCAUAGCACCAUGGGAGUCUGUGCUGUGCCUCAGCCCCAGGAGUUUCUCACGCUCCUGACAGGCCGCACUCAAGCUUACAGCAAUUUUUCUAAAUUGCCAUUUAUGUGUUCCUACCAAUUUAUGGCUCCCGAGUGUCUCCUGCUCCAGGUAAGCCCAUCUCCGCCAGCACUGUAUGGCUAUGCCGGUCUUUCUGCAUAGCAAAAGGUGACGAUUUGCCCUGAAAAUCCAGUGCUUCGUUGGGUCCGAGAAAAGGGACUGAUUUUUCCACUUGGCCAGCUUUUUCUGGUUCUCAGGGCAGGAAUGAUCACUUCCUAGCAUGUGGCAAGUGAACCCAAAAGCCGUUAAUUAUCUUUGUAAAUCUCUGCGUUCUUUUAUUUCUCAAUUCGCGGUAUGACCUCCUGUUUCUACUUUCUAAAAGCAUUUCCCUCGAAUCUGUUACUGAAUACGCCAAAUAAAUAUAUUCUAAAGUUG